AUGUCUGAAUCAACUUCUCAUGAUCCUAUUGGUCGCUCAAGGACUGAAAUUAGCGUCGAAGUGACUAUGGCCACUCUUGUUUGCUUCUCAGCCAUGUUCGGGAACUUACUCGUUGUGUUUGUCAUCAAAAGAGACUCCAAGCUCCAUAAUGUCACCAACAUGUUCAUUCACAGUUUGGCAUUAACAGACAUUGCCAUGGCAACGAUGUACAUGCCAUUCUGGAUAGCGAGCCUAUAUACGGGAACUUGGAAUUUCAGCCAAGUAUGUUGUCAGGUGGCAGGAUCAAUUUUGCUCAUUCUGGCUUAUGCUUCCAUGUUAACGGUGGGAUUAAUAGCCCUAAAUCGAUACAUUCAAGUCGUAAAACCCAAUUUGUACAAAAAGUUAUUUCCCAGUAAAAGAGCAGCUAGGUUGUAUUGUGUUCUCGUUUGGCUGGUUGCCAUUCUUCUCGCUUUACCUUUUCUUGGCGGAUGGGUGGGGAUAACAUAUUAUACAAGAACUAGCAUUUGUAGUGUAGAGUCCAGUGUUUACAUAUUAUUGAUUGUGGGCGUAGUUAUAACCGGAAUCAUGAUCACAAUAUUUUACUGCUACUUCAAAAUCUACAAGGCCGUGAGAGAAAGCAAGGAUAUUUUAAAGGCACACGCUGAUGGAAACAGAGUCCGCCCAUCAAAUGAUUCCCGCCGUUCAGACAUCACCGACGUGAAAGUUUUAAAGGCGUGCUUUACUGUGGCUUGUUUCUAUGUUGUAACAUGGACUCCAAUUUCCAUUAUCGCCAUCACGUGGAGUGCAGGAUUUGACGUUGGACAGCAGCUCAGCACAGCAAGUGCUUUCCUAAUGUUCUCGAGUAGUUUUGUUAAUCCCUUCAUCUAUGGAAUUAUGAAUCCGCAGUUCAAACUAGCUUUCAAGAUGGCACUUAAAUGUGGCUGCUAUGGCAGGGGGAAUAAAAAUCAGAGUCAAACCGGAAAUAGUGUAAGACACGUGGUUGUAACAGGAUUAGAGACUGCAUUAUAA